CUCGUCUUGGCGCCACUUGUGUUUGUUUACCAUCUCGAUAUCAUAAACACUCACACAAUCAUCGCUAGAAUCAGCUUUUUGCACACAACAUACAUAUCACACAGUAUGUCUGGUCUCCCACGACCUGGGCAGCCGCCCAUCAAGCGCAAUACCUCAUCAAUGCGCCCUCCAACUAUGCGCCCCUCGAACCUGUCGCGAGGUCGAUCUGCCACACCAGCACACGUCGGCCGCACCUCGCCAGCAAAUUCUGUCGCAUCGGCGAGAACUAAUAGAUCAUCGCCGCAAGCGGGUGUCAAAAGAAAAGCGCGAGACUAUGAAGAAGGAAGCGAAGAAACAAACAUCAACGUUGUCGUCCGAUGUCGAGGGCGUAACGACCGCGAAGUGAAGGAGAACAGCGGAGUAGUCGUGUCUACCAAUGGCAUCAAAGGCAACACAGUUGAUCUCUCCAUGGGCCCCAGCGCUCUCAGCAACAAGUCAUAUCAGUUUGACAAAGUGUUUUCAUCAGCCGCCGACCAGAGUAUGGUCUUCGAUGAAGUGGUAACCCCCAUGAUAGACGAGGUUCUUGGUGGCUUCAACUGCACUAUCUUCGCGUAUGGGCAAACUGGAACCGGCAAAACGUACACGAUGACCGGCGAUAUCUCGAAUGUUCUCCCUCUCCCAGACGCGGCUGGCAUUGUUCCUCGCGUGCUCUAUUCUCUUUUCAACAAACUAGAUGCCGCGGAUACAGAAUGCUCAGUAAAGAGCUCUUUCAUCGAAUUGUAUAACGAAGAACUGCGAGAUCUCCUAGCCACCGACGACUCCGUUAAGCUCAAGAUUUAUGAUGAUAACAAUAAGAAAGGCAGCAGCACAACCUUGGUUCAAGGCAUGGAAGAACGCCAUCUGAAAAGCGCAACCGAGGGUAUUCAGCUCCUGCGCGAAGGGAGCCACAAACGACAGGUGGCGGCGACAAAAUGCAACGAUCUCAGCUCUCGCAGUCAUACUGUGUUCACUAUUACUGUCUACAUGAAGCGCACUGCUGAGGACGGCCAGGAGUUCUUAAGCGCUGGAAAACUCAACUUGGUGGAUCUUGCAGGAAGUGAAAACAUUCAGAGGAGUGGAGCCGAGAACAAGAGGGCUGCCGAAGCUGGCCUUAUCAACAAAAGCUUGCUUACUCUUGGUCGCGUCAUCAAUGCACUCGUGGAGCGCGGCUCUCACAUCCCGUAUCGCGAGUCUAAGUUGACUCGUCUGCUGCAAGAUUCCCUAGGCGGGCGAACAAAGACUUGCAUCAUCGCUACGCUAUCCCCGGCGAAAAGCAACCUUGAGGAAACCAUUUCGACACUGGACUACGCUUUCCGCGCAAAGAACAUCCGUAACAAACCUCAAGUCAAUCAACUUCUGUCUAAGAAGACUCUUCUAAAAGAAUUCACCGCAGAGAUCGAAAAACUCAAGAGCGAGCUGAUUGCAACUCGGCAACGCAAUGGUGUUUACCUUACACAAGAAAACUAUGAGGAGAUCACCACCAUCAGCGAGUCACGUCGGAUUCUCAGCGAUGAGCAACGCGACAAGAUUGAGACAAUGGAGGUUAACCUCCGCAACAAGGUCGAGGAGCUUUUCAAUAUUACCACAAGCUUCCAGACCCUCAAGAAAGACAACGAGCAAACGAAGUUGAGUCUAGAAGGGACUAAGGGUAUACUUGAAAAGACGGAGGCUGUUCUCAAUCUUACGCGACAGAAUCUUGCCGAAGAAGCCGAGCUCCGCAAAGCACAUGCCAAAACAGAAGGACAGCUUGCUGAUAUUGGAUACAAUAUGAUAUCGACACUGGGAAAGACUACCUCCGAUAUAGAUGGCCUCCGAUCCAAGAUCCGUCGUAAAUCAGAGCUCCAAUCACAGAACCGUCAACACUGGGCCAUCUCGCAGAGCCAGGUGUCCGAGACCACUGAGCUUGUUGAGAAUCGCAUCGAAGAAUUCCGCACACAACAGGAAAACUUGAUGGACUCUCUAUCAACCCGAAUGCAAACUUUUGUGAAAGACGAGCUGGAGAAGCUCGGCACUUCGCAGUCUUUCUUGCAAGAGAAGAUGCAAGAAUUCCAGUCGUCGGAACAGGAGGUCAAUGAGCAAACAGCACAAUCUCGUGACGACCUGAACGAAGUCCUCGGGGAGAUCAAAAUGCUGAGGGAAGACGUCAAGCAAAAGGUUGGGGCUGGCCUGAAUGAAUUAUCCGCUGCCGCAGAGAAGAUUUCAGCCAGCAUCAUUACAGAGCUGGACGCUUUCCACACUGAGCUCCAUUCAUCAUACUCUUCUCUCGGGAAGGAAUUCAAAAGCACUUUUGAUGAUCUCGUCAAGAAUCUCAAUGAACAGCAAGUCGAAAAUGAGCGUUUGCAGCAACAGGUCCUUGCUGCCAAUGCUGCUCUUCUUCAAGCCAAUAAGGCUUCCCAAGGUCAGCUCACAAAGAUCAUCGACGAAGAAAAGGAGAAGGCUGCGGAGGAACGCCAGAACCUACUGGUGCAAAUCACAUCACUCAUCACCGCGAACGCCGAGUCUCAAGCGAACAGGCUGAACGAAAAGGUCUCGAGUGUUUCGGAGGCAGUCUCUGCUGCCAAUGAUGUAAUGGAGACUGAACAGAGCGCAUAUAGCGAAGGCAUGCAAUCCUGGUCGAACAAAUCCCAGGAUAUUCUCGCUGGUGUUGCUAAAUCAAGAGAAGCUGUUAAGACAAAGAUCAAGUCUGAUUUUGCUGCUGCCACUCAACAUUCUACUUCAAUCAAAGAUACCACAACAUCAGUCCAUGCCAGCACAGUCCAGAUUGUGGAAGCACAGAUGGAACAAAUGGAUACACAGUUGAACUCACUCGACGAUAUCAUGUCCCGCGUUCGCGAGCAGAAUGACGCCCACCACACCGCCCAUGUGUCCUCACUGGGGGCACUUUCGACCACCGUUCAAUCCUCCUACUCGAGUAUCGGUGACCAUCUUUCUACGUCGUUCGAGCGUGUUCAGUCUCUCCAGUCGGAUAUGACUGCUCAGACAUGCACACUAAGAGAAACCCUCCCGACUUUGGCGGAAGAUUCAAUUAUUCGCGCACCGCUUCAAGAGCUUCGCGGCGCCAUCACGACCCAGGGCAUUAUGGAGUAUAACCCUACUGGCGAAACACCCCAGCGCGUCAACUAUACUAUCCCCGAAAAGUUGCCACGUACGGAGGCGCACGAAACCUUGCUCUCUCGCCUCCGCGAUCGUCCAGUUACUGCCGAUGCACUGCUUCGAAGUCCAAUUAAGUCUCGGGUCUACAACGAUGCAACACAAGCACUCUCUAGUUCCGAUGACCCGUUCAAUAACAACAUCUCUAAGCCUAACUUGCCCCGAUCGAUGAGCGUUAGCAAUGCCUUGGCUCCUCUCGGCGAGUUAGAUGUCAAUAUCAUCGCCCAGGAAAACCACACGCAGCCUCUCCCUAUUGUUUCUCACUCAGAUUCCAUGGUCAUGGCUGCACCUCCGCCUAAGAAGCAGCGCGGCGAGGACUCCAAAUUACCCAUGAAGAAAAUGGGUCGCAAGACAGUCGGUGGAGAAGGCAAGGGAGACAGGGAAAAUCUAACCAUCACGAGUUUUGCCUCUAGCAUCGGGCCUGGCUUGACAGGAGGGAGGAGGCUCAGAAGCCACGGAAGCAAUGGGAGCACUUGA